AUGCUGUUGCAUGGCAAUGGCUAUUACCAGGAGCGUGAGAGGUACCUGCUGGAACAGGAUUUCCCGGGCAUGAGGAUCGGGCCCGAGCCGACCACUGACUCCUUCAUUGCUGUGAUGCAAGGGGAUGUGGAGGGAAUCAUCCCUGGGAACGCGCUGGUGGUGGAUCCAAAGAAACCCUUCAGGAAACUCAACGCUUUCGGCAAUGCCUUCUUGAACAGGUUCGUGUGUGCCCAGCUGCCCAACGCCGUGCUGGAGAGCAUCAGUGUGAUCGACACGCCAGGCAUCCUCUCCGGGGAGAAGCAGAGGAUCAGCCGAGGGUAUGACUUUGCGGCUGUCCUCGAGUGGUUUGCUGAGCGUGUGGACCGCAUCAUCCUGCUCUUCGAUGCCCACAAGCUGGACAUUUCCGACGAGUUCUCAGAGGUCAUCAAGGCCCUCAAGAACCACGAGGACAAGAUCCGAGUGGUGUUGAACAAGGCCGACCAGAUCGAGACCCAGCAGCUGAUGCGGGUGUACGGGGCGCUCAUGUGGUCCCUGGGGAAGAUCGUGAACACGCCAGAGGUGAUCCGGGUCUACAUUGGCUCCUUCUGGUCCCACCCCCUCCUCAUCCCCGACAAUCGGAAGCUCUUCGAAGCUGAAGAGCAGGACCUGUUCAGGGACAUCCAGAGUCUACCCCGCAACGCCGCCCUGCGCAAGCUCAACGACCUCAUCAAGAGGGCUCGGCUGGCCAAGGUCCACGCCUACAUCAUCAGCUCUCUGAAGAAGGAGAUGCCAUCAGUGUUCGGGAAGGACAACAAGAAGAAGGAGCUAGUGAACAACCUGGCAGAGAUUUAUGGCCGGAUUGAGCGGGAACACCAGAUCUCUCCUGGGGACUUCCCCAACUUGAAAAGAAUGCAGGACCAGCUGCAGACCCAGGACUUCAGCAAAUUCCAGCCCCUGAAGAGCAAGCUGCUGGAGGUGGUAGAUGACAUGCUGGCACACGACAUCGCCCAGCUCAUGGUGCUGGUGCGCCAGGAGGAGACGCAGCGACCCGUCCAGAUGGUGAAGGGCGGAGCCUUCGAGGGCACCCUGCAAGGCCCCUUCGGGCAUGGGUACGGGGAGGGGGCCGGGGAGGGAAUAGAUGAUGCCGAGUGGGUAGUGGCCCGGGACAAGCCCAUGUACGAUGAGAUCUUCUACACCCUGUCCCCGGUGGAUGGCAAGAUCACAGGCGCUAAUGCCAAGAAGGAGAUGGUGCGCUCCAAGCUGCCCAACAGUGUGCUGGGCAAGAUCUGGAAGCUGGCCGACAUUGACAAGGAUGGCAUGCUGGAUGAUGAGGAGUUCGCCCUAGCCAACCACCUCAUCAAGGUCAAGCUGGAGGGGCAUGAACUGCCCAGCGAGCUGCCCGCCCAUCUUCUGCCUCCAUCUAAGAGGAAAGCUGCUGAGUGAUGGAUGGAGCAGGCAGCUUCAGAUCAGGAAGGUUAGAGGAUCUGAAGGCACAGGCAUGGUGACUACACCCACGCACACACCUGCACAUGCACACACACGCUCACACGUACACCCUGACAGUCACACUGCACGUGAGAAGGGCUAAUCCUUUUUUGGAUGCCUCUGCAAGUUUCUGGAGUUUGUAAAGGGGCGGCUGCACCCUCAGGUCCCACGGUGUAAGCCUGUGUCUCCAGUCUCCUUCCCUCUUCCCUCCGUCUCCCACUCCCGGAGACAUGAAGCAAUUCACUAGCCCACAGAUGGCAUCCACCCAGUUCCCCAGUGCCUCCAUACCCAGGAUCUGAGCAGAUGGGAAAGGCUUUUCAUGGAAUAGGCAGUUUGCUUUAUUUUCUAUGCUUUUAUUUUUCCUCUUUGGCUUCCUAAUAAGAAAUCUACUCAGGGGCUGGGAAACAUGCAGGGAAGGGAGCGGCAGAGGGGAGAGGGGAGAGACUUUCCAAGAUGAAGCCUCUGCCUUUCACUGCAAAGCUGGUUUUGAACUCUGCCUGCACUUCAUGCCCAAGGAUCUCAGAGGGAAGGAGUGAAGAGAAAACAUUGGUAGGAAAGAACAAGGAAGCCACCCCGCCUUCUUUUUGAACAGUGGGAUCUGGUCCAUGGGUUUUUGUCAGGUUUGUUUUCUCCCCCUGGCCUGGGACAUUUGGAUGGUCAUACUUGCCUCUCCCAUCCCAAGCCUCUCCCGUGUGCCAGGGAAUGUCAUAGGCACUUCAUGUACAUAGGUCAGUGUGGCCUUCCCUAAUGUCCAGGCAGGUAUGGAGCAGUCCCUUACUGUUCCGGUGAGAGGUCUGACUCACAGAUGAUAGGAGACCUUCCCAAACUCACAGAGGUCACACAUUCAAAGAUUCCAAGUCAGGGAUUGAUUGAGACCCACAGACUUCCCCCAGUGUCCCUACACGACCUAGGUGUCACUUAACUGAUGGCAAAGCACAGACAACAGUCUGAGCAUGUGCCCGUGCCCCCCCCCAUGCCCACCCACAGCCUCCCAGAGCAGCCAGGCAAAGAGACAGGGCUCGCCAGCAUUUGACGGCCCAUCCUUAUGGCCAUCUGCCAUUCCAUGGAAACAAACUGUGCCUUCUGGCUCUGUGCCCCAUGUACCUAGCUUCACAGAACUUCAAGCCAUCAGGAGAGUGGGCUGGCCCACUGGCUGUUCAUGCCAGGCCCGUCUCGGCCUCCCACCCACCCGCCUGAAUCCUAUGAGCUCGUGUGCAGCCACUGGCCCCUAGGACCUUGUGCUGGUUCUCCGAAGGACAAUGGUCAAGGUCUGGAUCCUGUUCCCCGGGACUGUUAGCACCCUUGACACAAUCCACAUGCGCAGUACCCUGCCACACUCCUUGUGGAGUCUGUCCCAGCUUGCUCCACAGCGACUUUGUCUGCUCUGUUCCUGCUGUAAUGGGAAAAAAAAAAAAAAACAUGUAUAACUUACUUGUAUCCGUGUUCAGACUGUAGCAACUUCUGUGUAGCUGUGGCGCGCUCACGGCUGCGGGGCGCUUCUCGUUGGCGUCCACGUCAGUACAGCGCGUGUCCUUGGGCACGCUUGCAGCCAUCGCUCAUCAUUCCAUGGAACGGGACUCUCACCUGGGGCUCCCGGUCGCAUCUUUGGAAGAAAAUGGAUCACCGGGGCCACCGGAGGUCAGCCUGGACUCACGGCCUGGUGGCCUGGCGCUCCUCUGCCUUGUGGCUCCCCACAUGCGCUGAGUGGAGAUACUCCCCGAACUUCUGGGCUUCCUUCUACCAACGUGCACUCCUCUUCUGAGUGACCGGCAGAGAGGUCUCGCCUUCUCUGGGGACAGCCUCAAGGCGCCAAGUCCAACAGAGGGACCAGUGCUCUUCCCUAUCUUGUUUGGGCUAAAGGGGAAACAAGGAGGAAGUAGAAGUGAAGUCUCUGUCUUACUUUGUUUGUUGGUGCGUUUUGUUUUCCAAGGUAAAGUCUCACUCUGGCCCAGGCUGACCUGGAACUCACUAUGGAGUCUCAAGGUGGCCUCGAACUCACAGCGAUCCUCCUACCUCUGCCUCCCGAGUGCUGGGAUUAAAGGCGUGCGCCACCACACCCAGCUCCUGUCUUUUAUCGUAAAGGAAAGGGGAGUGUGUGAGUGACUCCUGUCCCUAACCACCACUUGGACACUCAGACCGUGACUCAGCCACCUUGUCUUCCAGACCACUCAGGAGAGAUGAGGCGGGCACGGGAACUCCAUGGUUACUCUGUCCUCUUCCUCCCGAGAGCAGGACCCGUGCUUGGGGCUCCUCCGUGGAGGACGACACAAGUGUGGGGCACUGUCCCUGGGGCGCCACCCCCUGUCUCUAGCUGCUGCGGCCUACUGACCUCGCCAAGGCUCUGAAGGCUUGGGGAGAUCUCUUGCCUCAGCCUGGGGGACAUUUCGCAUGGAAAGGAGAGACAUCGUGGUCGUUACAUGACAGGAACCCCGACUACAUCUGGCCCCUUGGUCCUCUCUCCCACACUGUCCACCUGGACCACAGAUCUCAUCAGUGAGGCAGGGACCCCCCACCCCAGUCCUGGCCCAGUGAAACUUGCCCCUGAUACCAAAGCGUUACAUUCUGACCAAAGAAUAGUCAUGUGCACGUGCAGGUGGUACUGCUGAGCCUGUGUGGGUGUGGGGCUUUGUUAGCAAAGUGGGGAGAAGGUGUCCUGAGUCGUCCUCACUAAGAGACUUCGUGUGUGAGUGAGCUCCUCAGAAUGGGCCAAACUGUCUGGGGACAAGAAUGAGCUUGUCCCUCCCUGAGAGACACGGACUGGCCUCUACAUAUUCAGCCUAGAACUACGGCUUGUCCUUCCACUACCCAUCCUUCACCUUCAAGACCCCGAGCACACCCCACAUAAUGGCUCUUAGGAAAAUUCUAGAGAUUUACUAUUUGAAUCAUUGAGAAUAAUAAAGUUCUUCCAUGUGGUUGGUAUUGAUCAA